AGUUUUUACACCCUUAUGUCAUUUUCUAAUAUAUACAUUUAAUAUUACUUGUGUAAGACAAUUCCAUUGUCAUGAAGAUGGAAUGAAUAUUAAAUGUUGUGUGUUACAGAAGCUGCAGAGGUGAAAGGUAAAGGAGCCUUACAGAGGAUGGAAGACAUCAUAUCAGAAACAACCGAGCAGUUAAAACAUCAAAUGUUUAAUGAGGCUAAAGUGAAAGUACUUCAGAUGUUCAAUGACUUGAAGUUGAAUAUAAAGAAAACCCUUGAAUCUGAGCUAAAGAGAUCACUGGAGCUCUCGCUUUCAGCCAAAAUCACCCUGUUGGAUGUCUCCAGAGAGAUUCAAGAGUUGGAUACACUGUCACAGCAUCUGUCUGUCUGAGGUUUUUGAUGCUGAUUUUGUGCUCAUUCAGGAGUAUUCUGUUUUUUUUUAACUAUUUCUCAUUAUUGUUUUGCAUGUUUCAGUUUUUUUCUUUUGUGUUUAUUUAAUUGAU